CCUUUCUUCUUCGCUCGCCCGGGCGAUUCCGCAUAAAUAUCACACGAAUCUCUUGCAUCCCAUCCCACACAAAUAUCUCUCCUCGCUUCUCCAGAAUCGAAAUCCGAAACAGAAUCUCCCCACCCCACCCACGCAAGUCUUCUUCCACGCCCACGCUUCUUCCCCUCUCUGCCAUCCACCCCACCGCCAAUCCCCAUCCCGCUCCUCCCUAUGGCGGAAAAUCUACCUAUCUUUGUGAUCCACGAGAUCUCCGCCCGGCUCCCGUGCGAGGUGGACCGCCUCCACAUGGCGCUUGCCUGCCGAUGGUGGCGUCAGGCCCUCGCGCUGGAGGAGGCCCCGCCCCUGCUCCGCCGACUGCCAUGGCUCGUCUUCCCCUUUGAGGCGGGGCCGAGCUUCUGCUGCAUCGCAUCGCAUGUGAUGGUGGCAUCUACAGCACCACGCACCACGUGCGUGCCCCGGAGCACGAGCGCCGCGCUCGCUACUUCGGCUCGCACGACGGCCGUUGGCUCCUGCUCGCCGCCAGCCGCCUCGGCACGAACAUGGUCACCAACGUCCGCAACGGAGUCGGAUACUUCAUGCCGGACAAGUCCGUUGAUCCGCGGGGGGAGAUCAACUUCGGCAUGUACAUCCACACCGCCGCGCUCUCCUGUUCACCAGGUGAACCAAACUGCAUCGGCGCGGCCGUGGUUCAGGACCUGGCAGACCUCCGCGCCCCGCGGCGGGUGGCCUUUUUCACCGUCGGGGACGGUGGCGCCGAGUACGCGGUGGAUCCACUCCCCGAGGAGUUUGAUGAACAUCCUGAAGAUAUUCUUCACUUUAGCGGUGCUUUCCAUGUGCUGACAAGGGACGAGCAUGUCCAUGCCUGGAAGCCUGUCUUCUCCAACAACGGAGAUGUACGCCUGGAUUCUCAUCACUAUAUCUUCUGCCACGACGGACGGUCCUACGAGGAGUAUGUCUAUGGUCGCUACCUCGUGCAGUCCCGCAGCGAGCUGCUCAUGGCUGUCAAGUUGUCUCCAGAUUUGGACUCCAGUACAGGCUUCGCUUCUGGAUUCAGACUAUUUCGGAUGGCUCGGAUGCUUAACCUCGAGGUAGUUGCUGGCCUCACAUACUGCUACUGGGAGGAGAUUACUGAUCUCGAUGGAAGAAUCUUGUUCCUCGGCCGAGGAUGCUCGAGAUGUUACGAGGUACAAGCUUUCCCAGGCUUCGCGGAGGGCGUCUACUUCGCCGACGACAGGACAUUCCACUAUUCCUACAGGAUUGCGCAUAACCUUCCAUUUCCGUGCUUGGACAAUGGAAGGUGCAUAGGAAUGCCUGGUCCCGUCGAUCGUUGUUUUCCUAUGGAUCAGGACUCAUCAGACUAUUCAUCGCCAAUCUGGCUUCUCCCCUGAGAUUUGCAACAUUGUGGCGAUUGCCUCGUCUAGAUGGAUGGCCUACUCUUCUCCGGCUUGGCUUCUCCCCAGGUUUUUUUUGCUACGACUCUCUACCUCCAUUCGAUUAGUCUGAUGUUGUUGUGCCACAGAUGAUGCGAGUGUUCGCUGUGACAUUGUACAGACUGUGAGACUGAAACUAUUGCUGAAAACUGAGAUCAUUGCCGUGCCUUGAGGUUCUUUCUUGUAUUCUGUGGAAAUAUAUUAGUUUGCGCUGAAUGCAUAAAUGGUUACUAGUUGUGACCUUGGGAAGUAA